AUGGCUUUGACCGCAUUAGGGCUCGCUGCGGCGCGCCGAGGAGCCACCACGCCCGCCGCGGCGCUUCGCAACGUGCUCGUAGCGACCAGGGCAUGGAGCAGCGCGGCGGGCCCCAGCGUGACGGACCAGAUGAUCGCCUACGCCCGACAAGAGGGGGGCUUCGCAGCUAUGGAUGUGGUGCAGUCAGGGCUGGCCAUGCAGCCAGACUCCAAUGCCGGCGUCGACACGAGCAGGCUGCUGCUGGUAAUGUCUGAGAUCAGCGGAGCGCAGGCAGACUGGGCUGCGUCUGCAAAAUGGGCAUCUGCCGCAGCCGCUGCCGCCGCGGCCACCCCCCCUGGCGUGCCUGCCGAGCAGCUGGGCGAGCUCUCGCUGUCGGCCCGCCUGCAGCAGGUCAGGGCGCUGCUAGCCGCCGGCCUGGACGCCGACGCCGCCACGGCCGCUGCGAGCCCGCCUGUCGUGAUAUCAGACACCGCCAGCAGCGGGUCCAGCAGCGCCGCCCCGCUGCUGCACUCGCUGCAGCGCCUCGUCACUGCUGCGGCGGGGGACGCCACAGCUGCGGAGCAACCCAGGUGGGAGGCUCCGUCGGGCGGCAGCGGGGGCGUUCUCGAGGCGGCGUCGGCCAAGCUUUCUGGGGACAUCCUGCUGCUCCAGGGAAAGGGCCCGGAAGCUGCCGAGGCGUACCAGAGCGCGUCAGACAGUGCCGCAUCAGCGGCCGACGCGGCGGCUGCAGGGCCUGGCGGCGACACGGGGCUGCUGUCGGCGCGGGCUGCGCGGGAGGUGCAGGCUGACGCGUCCCUUGGGCUGGCGCAGGUCAGCAUGGCGUCCAAGCAGUGGGAAGAGGCAGAGGAGCGCCUCAGCGCCGCCCUCAAGGCUGCAGAGGCCGCCGGCGGCGAGGCGGCGCCGCUGCUGGCUCCGGUGCUGGCGCUGCUGGGGGUGGUGUACUCGAGGACGGCGCGCGUCAUGUAUGGGGAGGGCAUGUUCAGGGAGGCGGCCAAGCUCUCCAAACUCGACCCCGCAAGGCUGUCGGUGGCGCCGCCGUCGCACGCGCUGCACCCCAGCCUGCACGCCGCCCUCGCGUGGCGCUACUGCCAGCUGCUCAACGCGCUGCCAAACAGGGGCGGCGAGGCGGCGGCGUGGGAGGGAUCCGCAGCCGGUGGUGGCGGUGGCGAUGGUGGCGGUGGUGUGCCGGCAGCAGCAGCGGCGGCGGAGGAGAGCACGUCGGCACGCUACCCCGUGCUCUUGGCGAUCCUGACAAAGCUCUCAGAGGCCCCUGCAGCUUCCGCGCAGCUGGACGCCUUCCUGCGCGCCCAGCCCUCCGCGACGGCCGUCCCCUUCAUCUCGUGGGUGGCAGACCUGGAGGCACGCGCCGCGAGUGCAGAGGAGCGCCGCGCGCUGGGCGCGCUGUGCGAGCGGCUGGUGCUGGCGCGAGAGCGGCUUGAGGAGGAGCGAAUGGAUGCGCUGUACGUGGAUAGCCUCAGGGUUCUGGCCGGCGGGGACGGCCAGCAGGAGGCACUGAUGGCUUCCGACCCGGCAAGCUACGCCACGCAGCUGGCAGAGGCCGUCACCGGCGGCCCCGUCGUGCGCGAGGGCUACAGCCCGGCCUACGAUGCGCUGCUGGCGGUCGCGCCGCCGGCGGCGCUCACGCCCGCGGGCGUGGCCAAGGCGCACAAGGAGGCCGCUGAGCUGGCGGAGGACAUGCGCGCCCGCCGCCGCCGCUCCUUUGCCGCCGUCGUCGGCCGCCUGCGCAUCUCGAGCCCCGAGCAGGAGGCCGCCCUGCUGGCGCCCUCUGCCGCGUCGCGCAUCCUGGAGCUGCUGCUUGGCCUCAGCUCGGAGGGGGAGCGAGAGGCGCUGCUGCCCGACUGCUUCACGCCGCCCCCAGAGGGCGGCAGCGCAGCGGCCGAGGAUGCGGAGACGGACGAGCUGUGGUGCACGCCGCUGCAGCUGCUGAAUGAGAUAGACGCCAGGGUGCGAGACGUGGUUGAGGCACGUGGCGGCGGUGGCUUCAUCAGGCUGCGUCAAGGGGAGCAGGCGGCGCUUGGCGGCGGCAGCCACGGCCUGAGCGGCGGCGCCUACGAAGCCGCGUUGCGCCACCUGCGGGCCGCUGUGGCUGAGCGAUGGCUGGAUACAUUGCCAGCAGGGGCGACGGGCAGCAGCAGCGAAGAGUUCGGGCCUGUGUAA